UUUUCUCAUAUUUUUCUUUUAUUUAAAAAUUUUAAAGGUUCUUACUGGACAACUACUCAUUUCUCUUGUAAUUGGAACUAGAAUAUAUUUAUGGAAAGAGAUUUGGAACGUUAUUAUACUGAUUUUGAACCUCCUCCAGUUGCUCCAACAUUUUAUCCAACAGAAGAAGAUUUUGCUGACCCCAUUUUAUACGUAGCAAAAAUAAAAUCGAGCGCAGAAAAAUAUGGUUUGGUCAAAAUUAUACCUCCAAAGAGUUUCCGCCCCCCAUUUUGUAUUGACCCAGAAAAAUUUGAAUUUACGCCGAGAGUACAACGACUAAAUGAAAUUGAUGCACUUUUUCGUCUUCGCAUAAUUUUUAUAAAUAAACUUGUAAAAUUCUGGCAGAUUCAUGGUCAACAUUUUCGUAUUCCUUGGGCAGAGAAUAAAUAUAUUGAUCUUUACCGUUUGCAGAAGGUUUGGUUUUUUUAA